AUGGCCGAGUCAAACCCACUUGAUAUACCCAAUGCGAAAGGCGACGAUGCCCAUACCGACAGUGAAACCGCCUUCUCUCUCGAUCCGAUCGAGACUCAGUCCAACCUUAGCUCCUCCCCACCAGACCAAGAUGGUCUCCAUACACCGACGCUAGGGCCUGUCAACGAUGGAAGCCCAAAGCUUUCGAGAAAUCCGUCAUUCUCUGGUAGCAGCUCAUAUCAAGAGGACUGGGAUGUGUUCCCGCCGCUGGACCGCAUCUCCGUGCUAGACCUUCUUGACAACUUUGCCUUGCCUCAACAGCUCGAAAAGCUACAGAAAGGCAUUUCCGCCCAAACGCAAAAGGUUCGCAAAUCAAGAGACGUUUUCAAGAACAAGAGUCAGCACGCCCAAAAACGAGUCGUAGAGGAAUGGCGGCGCCGAGUUCCUACUGCAGAGGAACAGCUCGAGAGAUACAGAAAACGGAUGCGCAGUAGUGUUGACAAGCUUGGGAAGCAGUGGAACGACACCAGAGUGGUAACUUUGCGCGAAAAGGUGUCCUUCAUCUUUGGCGUCAUGAACAUUUUCGUGAGCGGUCUUCUCAUGGGCGGCUGGCCCGAGUACUUCCACCUGUGGUACACGGUUCAGGUCAUGUACUUCAUGCCCAUCCGCUACUUCACCUACCACCGUCGCGGUUACCACUACUUCCUUGCAGAUCUAUGCUAUUUCGUCAACUUGCUCUUGGUUCUUAGCAUCUGGGUUUUCCCUGGCUCAAAGCGACUCUUCCUAGCCACCUACUGCCUUGCGUUUGGCAACAACGCUGUGGCCAUUAUCAUGUGGAGAAACUCGCUCGUUUUCCACAGUUUCGACAAGGUUACCUCUCUCUUUAUUCACAUCAUGCCCUGCGCAACACUUCAUUGUAUCGUCCACCUAUGGCCCGAAGAGCUUCAGGCUAGCCGUCUCCCUUCCAUUUGGACUAUAAAACACUCACCUGCUGGUUCGCCCACAGCCUACGGAAACAUCGUCUCUAUGCUGGCUUGGAGUUCCAUACCAUAUGCUAUAUGGCAGUUGUCCUAUUACUUCUUCAUUACAGUUCGCAGGCGCGACAAGAUUGCUGCGGGGCGGCCUACAUCCUUCACAUGGCUACGAAAGUCAUACUCCAAGACCUGGAUCGGCAAGGUUGUGCUUUCGUUGCCGGACGCUCUACAAGAAUCGGCAUUUAUGCUGAUUCAGUACUCGUAUGCGGUACUUACCAUGCUUCCUUGUCCCAUCUGGUUCAUGAGCAGAUACGCCUCAGCGGCUUUCCUGACGAUUGUCUUCACAUGGAGUGUUUACAACGGAGCAACUUACUACAUCGAUGUCUUUGGGACGCGCUUCCAGAAGGAGCUCGAGGCUCUAAGGGCCGAGGUCAAGCAGUGGCAAAACACACCCGUGAUGAGCGGUCAUUCCCCCCUGAUGAUGCCUAACCCUGAGGGGCCCCCACCAAGUGAGCUGCACCUGGCAAAUACCAACGAUUCGAUGAGCGAUGAGAACCUCGAAAGUGCCUUGAAGCAUGAAAAUAACGUGAUUGGGGAGAGCAUCAAGGCAAGCGGCCCCUCGGAUCGAAUUCCGCUGCUGGGUGAGGAGCUUUCGGCUCAGGCUGAGGCCAGCGGCGUGGAUGGGGGUGCCAGAGAUGUUGCCAGAGAGAGGAAAGCGAGUUGA